AUGCAAGAGGACGCAUACAACUCGCCGGGGGAAGCCACUUACUAUUACCCCGUCAUCGGGCGUAAGAAUACAGGCAUCGUUGCUGAUCGUCUUCUUAUCACAGACAUGCAAAAGAACUAUCCAUACCAAUUCUCACUCUUCAUCCUUGGUUAUUCCGCGAUCCAGGGCGUCCGCAACACUUCCCUCGGUAUUGCCUUACCGGAUAACGGGUUGCCAGCAGCUUCCUUCUUUGAGAUUGCCGCGAUCCAUGGCAAGCCUUACCGUGAGUAUGUUGGGGACAAGAAAUCACCGAAAGAGAGGGUGGCAGACUACGAUGAAAAUAAUCCUAAGGAUACGUUGCCCACUCCUUCAAGAUUUGGAGGUUACUGCAAUCAUGGAUCUGUGACGUUCCCCACUUGGCACCGCCCGUACAUGCUGCUGAUCGAGCAAGCAAUGGGGAAUGCUGCCGACCGUAUCGCAGCCAAUAUCGAAAAACAAUAUCCGGCAGAAAUUGGUAAAUGGGUUCCAGAGGCCCAGAAAUUGCGCUUUCCGUUUUGGGACUGGGCUGAUCCAGCAACCAAUCCACAAGGGUUACCCGCAGUGCUUUACGAGGACACUGUGGUGAUCACGCUCCCAGGAGGCAAAAGCGCGACCGUUCAGAACCCCAUUUCGUACUACACUUUUCAAGGGGGAAUUCCUUCCGACUUCACAGAUAUAUACAACGCACCGACUAAUACAACAGCAUAUUUCUCGAAGUGGACACGGACUUAUCGGCACGCCCCAAGCAGCCCCCAGGGAGGUACCGACAUAGCUGCAGCCCAAACUGCUAUUGAGUCACAGGCAUCUCAUCUCAGCUCGGGGAUAGGUCUUCUGUUUGCCUUCCCAGAUGGGAUGGAUCCUGCAAUUGCUUACGAUGAAUUCUCCAAUGCAGUGACCGAGUCAAAAAGACAGGAAGAUUUCAACAAUACUGGUGCCCUGGAAGCCCUCCAUGGCAUUAUUCACGGCACUAUUGGUGGAAAUGGGCACAUGACUAACCCAGAUUAUGCUGCUUUCGAUCCUAUCUUCUUCUUCCAUCAUUGCAACGUCGAUAGGUUGAUUGCACUGUGGGAAUGGUGCUACCCAAGCUAUUGGAUGGGUGAUGGCUACGUCCAUGACGGCGUGAGUUACUCUUGGACGCAGCCACGCGGGACUUUUGCUCAAGUGUACAACGAGCAACUCCUUCCUACCGGGGCUCGCGGGAAUUUGUACCCUUUCAGAAACGAUAACGGGACGUACUGGACCUCAGAACAAACCCGUUUCUUAGAUGCGAAUGCCUAUCCUAAAUACUAUUCCUACCCAGAAUUUCAGGGUGUCAAAGUCGAUCAAACGGCGACAGAUGCGGAACGCGCUGCAGGUCGUGCAAGAAUUGCCAAGUACUACGGCUUCGACCCUCAGCAAGCGGCAACACAAGUAGACAUAGAGGCGUGGAGCCACCUGCCUGUCCCAUCGCCCCAAAGUGCUGGGCUCCCUGAGACAUUCCAGGCGAUUAAGAGCUACCGCGUUUUCGUGGUUUUGGUCCAGCUUCCCGAACAUGCAUUUAACGCUUCAUACCAGUUCGAGUUGCACAAAAAUAGCGGCAACCAGACUGAUUUAGUUGGCACGGUCACGGUUUUCGCUCGGCCAGACUAUUCGCCAUGCACGGCUUGUGCUUUGCGACGAGAAAUGGGCACCACAGUCCGCGGCAUUAUAACGCUUCCUCCUUCCCUUGUGAACGACAUCAUUGUGAAACAACGGUGCCGGCGGUGGCAACGCAACUCUAGAAACGACGACAGAGGCAAUUGUGCAGAGCUUGACGGGAAGGCUGUCGGAUACAUCGCGCACGUGUCCCCGCCAAAUAUCCUGCCAAGUGGGGUAACGCUGUUCAGCGCGGCCGUUGCGGAAAAGGCAGACGACAAAACCUACCCUGUGCAGUUAUAUGACUGGCAGAAGCACAAUGCGUUGUUCACUAAUGGUUGGAAGGAUCAGACAAAGCAAAGUACACCCGCGUCAAGUGGCGUGUUGACAUCUCUUCUAGGUUGGUUGCAGGGACGCGGCUAA